AUGGAGGACAACACAGAGCUGACUAAUGUUCCAGACUAUCAGAAAAUUAUGCAGACCAGCCAGUCUGCUGGCGGUCAAGGCUUGGCCAGUGGACACAACCUAGCUAAUUGGAAUGAUAGCCUUGAAGCAUUGGCACCAUCACCAGUUGUCCACCAUCCACUGCCAUCAUCAGCAGGCAGACUUGAGCAGCAGCAUGGGAAGUACACAACUGAAGUUUGGGAUAAACAUGUGCUAAGCAGCACCAAAGGGUUCUUGGACACAAACAGAGCAACUUGGGGAUCUCCUUCUCAGUAUGAUGCUUCUAAAUAUAGCAUUAUAGUGGACAGUGCUGGUGAACCAGCUCUCAAACAUGAACCCAGUUACAUCCCGCAGGGUUACACUAGACCUGUGUCCAAGUAUGUUGAUGCCAACGGCGUGGAGCGUCGGGUCAUCAGAAGAAGUUUUUCACCAAAUAGGAAAAGUUACACAGAAGGUCUGCUUCUCAAAGAUGAAACAGUGCUGAGUGCUGGGGGUGGUUUUCGAACUGUGUUAAAUCCGAAAAACCUCCACCACAACUAUUCUUCCCCGGCUUUGGCACUUUCCAGGAAUGUGGGGAAUUAUGCUGAUGGUGAUAAUUCGCUGCAACCAGGCAUCAUCAAGAGUAGCUUUAUGACAAAGAGCAUGGAGUAUUUAGGAAAUGGCAAAAGCCAAGUAAUGGGAAAUGACCAAUGGAAGGAUAUUGGAGAUGGUCACAUACUAAAGAAGUCCCCAAAGGAUAAUCUGCGCCACUGGCAACAGCAGCAUCAGGAGGAAUUGCUGCAUCAACACUUGGAGACACAGGCUUUGUAUGAAAACCCUAGCGGACAGCCAGCAGCACAUAUGAUAGAACAUGCCUUAGGGAGGGUGUCACUGCAGGACGAGCCAGAGACCAGGUGGGAGCCUGUCAGGCGGGCAGCUGAUAACAUAAUCAGGGAGAAGAAUAUGAUUAUUGAUAAAUUAAAAAACAGAAUCUUAGAACUGGAGGAGGACUUUAAAAUAUCAGAGGGCAAACUGAGACAUGCUGUCGUCUCCAAAGGAGAUGAUGUGGAUAUUGUGAAGCAGAAACUGCAGGAAGUGCAGCAUAAAAAUGCAGUUUUGAAAGAGCAGCUAAAUGAAGAACGAGCCAAAAAAAACUCUGAAAUCGAUGACCUGGAGAUGAAGUUAGGAUCAGCAGAAUAUGAAGUGCAGCAGCUGAAAGAGAUCUUAAGAAAUAAAGACUUUGGUGUGUCAGAUAUACAGUCACAGCUGGCAGAGAAAUCAAAAGAGGCGGAAGCUUGGCAACAAAAAUUCAACGAGGCUUGCAGCAGUCACAAGGACAUGAAGAAGAGAUUGGAUGGUCUUCAGCGAUACUUGGAUGAGCUACCAACUGUUGAAGAAAGCAGGCUGCAGGCUCAGCAGAUCUUAUCUCUCAGAGAAGAAAAUGUUGCACUGAAAGCUAAGUCAGAAAGUCAAGAGAAGAAACUCAUUCAGGCGAGGAAGAUUAUUACAGGAAGGGACUUCAGAGUUCGAGAGCUGGAGGAGCAGCAGCAAGAUCUGGAGAAGAAGAUUAAAGAGCUGCAGCUUGAAAUUGACCGCUUGCGAGAUGGUGAAGGAUCUGAGCUAUAUAAUACCCAGAAAAGUUUGAAAGAUGCCAAGGCUGAUAAAGAACGAUUGGCCAUUGACUUAGAAAAAGCAAAGAAGCUUCUGGAGACGACCCAUGUCAAACUGAGGCAGCAGGAAAUAAAACACCAGUCAGAACUGAGAGCUGCCCAGGAAAGGCUGACACUAGAGGAGCAGAAUGUGGUGUCUCUGAGGGCAGAAGUUGCCAGCAAAGAAGAGCACAUUGAGAAGAUGUCCAGAUCUUUGAAGGAGCUUGGCGUUCGCAACCAGGAACUUCUAGAGCAGUGUCUGCUGGUGAAGGAACAGUUGCGUCACAUGGAGGGCAAAAGUGCAGACAUCAGCACCGCCCUACAGCGCCGGUUCAUGUUAAACUUGAAACUUUGCUUCUCUGAGCUGCAGGCCUUGGUACAGGUUUGCUCUCAGUGUGCUCGAGGAGAGAAUCCUGACAUGUCUCUCUUGCUGGGUGUGACAAGCCCAGGCAGUGAUUUACUCCAGGAGUGUGCUGGAGGUGUUGGACAGGCAGAGUCCUCAGACCCGGCCAAGACAAUAUCCCACUGGUUGAGUCAGAUAGAGCAGCUGAGAAAAGAUGUUGACAGACUAAGAGCCCAUAUAUGUAACAAAUACGCCGAGGACAUGGGAAAUAAUAUCACCUGUGCUACUCAGUAG